GCCGUGAGAGCAUGCUUCCUCCCCCGCCAAAUCCCAGCUGUGCCAUCCAAACGGGACCCAUCCCACAGCCGGAAACACCAAAAAGGAACCAUCGGCCGGAAACACAGCCCUUCUCAGCCAGCCAUCCAUCGGCCGGUCGGUACCUGCAUACCAAUGCGUGGGCGGCGCAUCGUUGAGGUGACUAACACUGAUCCUUUGUUUCAUCGCAACCCUACGCCUCAGCGCCGCCCGCUUGCUUCAACUGGGCCCAUCACCUGGCGGUGGAGGUUGGUUGCCCGCCUUCUGGUUGGAUAUAUGUUAUAACGGCCUCGCCUUUUUGGACUGGGUGUAGCCACAUGGGCGUUGUUUAUCUCACUGAGCUUCAUCUCUCUUUUUACUCCCCACAUACCUCGGUCGGCUCUUGCUCACCCCGGAACCACCCACCCCUCCACCAGAAUCCAACAAGCACAGUCAAGUACCUAAAGAAGCACCCACGCACCACAAUGAGGCCCUUGGACGAAACCAGGGGCCGAUGGCAGGAAACGGUCAAGCAUAGCGCCGGAUUUACCGAGCUGCAGAGGGCGGUCAAAUUCAACGGCUCCGAAAGCCCAUGCAUUGCCGGCUGCCGGUCGGUCUGCUGGAAGGCCUUUCUACUCUUCCAAGCCGUGCCUGCUUCAGACUGGUCCCAAGCUCUUCUGGCGUCUAGGAACUCGUACAGCUCUCUGAGGGAUCGCCAGCUGCUCUAUAUCAAGCACCCCGAGAAGCUUGCUGAGCUUCCACUCGACCCCUUGGCCGACGUCCCAGGCUCUCCUUGGGAUGCGUUUCGCCACGACGAGCUGGUCAGGGCCGAGAUCCUGCAGGACGUGAGGCGGCUUCCCGACGAGCCCUCUUUCUACCAUGAGCCGGCCACCCAGACCUUGAUCCUCGACGUGCUCUUCCUGUACUGCAAGACACAUCCUGAGGCUGGCGGCUACCGCCAGGGAAUGCACGAGCUGCUGGCCCCGAUUGUCUACGUUGUGCACCAAGACGCCAUCGACCGCGCCGCCGCAUCCGCCGAUGGUCUGACCGACCCAGCCAUGGUCGAGAUGCUUGACUCGUACUUUGUCGAGCACGACUCCUUUGUUCUCUUUUCAGCAGUCAUGGCCAAUGCCACGGCCUUUUACGAGAUUAGUGGUUCGCCGUCCGAUUCUGCUUCCCCUGCUGGGUCCGGAGGGCAGAGCGCGAUCGUGGAGAGGAGCCGGCAAAUACACGAAGUCACUCUGAGGAGCGUGGACCCUGAGCUGGCAACCCAUCUCAAAGCCCUCGAGAUUCUACCACAGAUAUUUUUGAUACGAUGGAUACGUCUCCUUUUCGGGCGUGAGUUCCCGUUUGAGCAACAGCUCGUCCUUUGGGACACCAUGUUUGCGUUUGACCCUUCACUGGAGCUCAUCGACCUGGUCUGCAUCGCCAUGCUCAUCAGGAUACGAUGGACCUUGCUAGAAAUGGACUACUCGUCUGCGCUGCAGACACUCCUGAAGUACCCGCCCCCUCAACCAACACACGGCCCGCACACUUUCGUCGAUGACGCCAUCUACCUGAAAGAGCACUUGAACCAGGCAGGUGGAGCGACGCUGGUGAUGAAGUAUACUGGCCGUUCCCCGCCGACACCACCAGCCUCUACGGCCGGGAGCGGCUCGCGGCCGUCGACCCCAAACGUGGUGGCCGCCGGGUUCGCUGGGCUGCGACCACGGUCUCUUGGCGCUCGCCCAUCGCCGCUGUCGUUUACGUCUUCUCCCCCAUCCGCCGCAGCUCGGUUCGUUCAGCAGCAAGGUAGCGUUGAGGCGCUCUUCCAGGGCGCGGCAAAGAACUUCCUCGAGCGUGGCGAGCGUCUAGGGCUCAACCAGGCCGUGCGGGACGCGGUUGGCGAGAUCCGGCGCAACGUGCAGCAGGGGAUCCAGGAGGCGCGCAAGGCGGCGGCAGCGUCGGGCAGCAGCAGGAGCCCCGGGGUAAUCUCACCAGUCUCGGGCGAGACGCGCGCGUCAGUCAUGACUAGGAGGAACCGCCAACUAGCGACCAUGCUGGACAGCGCGGUCACGGAGCUGAGGCAGUUGGCGACGGAGUGCAGCGCUUUGGGAGACGAGGCCGCCAGAGGCGCACACAAAACGGCAAUCGAGACGGCCGCGGCGCGCGUGCAAUUCGUGCAGGUCUACCUGGAGGACUCGACGUUGCAGCUCCCGGAUGAAGAGCCGAACGUGACGGCGACUGGAGAAGCACGGGUGGUGGGCAGACAGACCUCGCUGGCUAGGGUGGUGCUCGACACGACACCCGUGGUGACCAGCACGGCGGCCAUACUGGACGCGGUAAGGGAUGAUCUUGAAACGGCCUCGGCAGAGGACCCGAAGGGUGGCACCCAGGGACAAGCAGCACGCACAAACAGUCCCACAGCAGUGGGCCCACCUGGCCCCAAGCUACCGCCCGCGGAAGCCGAGCCAGCGGGUAGUGCUAGCGAUGCAGGCGCGAGGAUGGACAUGGAUAUAGACAUGGAUGCCUCGGGGCUGAUGGCGGCUGAAGAAGAUGUGGCGACGGCAGCGCCCCCCGUCGUGGCAUCAGCCGUGGCAUCUCACCCACCGGUGGCCGUGGCGACGGCAGGCGACCAGCGGCCCUCGGCGCCCAUCCCUACCCGGUCCACCAUCGCGCAGUCGUCGUUUUCCUGGAUGCUGGAGCCAGAGACGCCAGCGUCGGCGUCAUCGCUGGCACGGCCAUCGCGGGGAAGCGCCUUUGGGUCAGUGGCAUCAGCCCCGCCGGCGCAGCGCAAGCAGGGAUCGGUAGGUGGAGGCGGUAACGGCAGCACAGGGAGCAGCAGGGAGCGCCACGCGUUUUUAUUUGGCGAGGUUGUGAGUGGCGACGCGGCCGAGGCGGGGCGACGCAGGGCGCCCACGUCGGACGAGAUCUUCGGGCUGGAGCCUCUCCGCAAAGCGUUGCCACGCAACGGGCCCCCGAGUCAGGAACCAUGA